CAAGUAAAACUUGUCACCAUAUAUCAGUUUAUUUGGCACUUGCAAGUGGUUUCCAUGGCUCCAGUGCCGAUCUCUCCUAUCAAGGUUGGGCAUAUUGAUGAUGUCCAGGAACUGAGAAAGGUAAAACCAACCACAAUUCCAGAAAGAUUUAUUCGUGACAAGGCGGAGAGGCCUGAGCUUGCUUCAAUUCUGUCAUCACCAAGCAACAUUCCUGUUGUCAACUUCUCUAAGCUCAUAAAUGGCAACAACAGAGAUGAACAGCAUGAUGAAAUUUCUAAACUGAGAACCGCCUGCGAAGAGUGGGGAUUUUUUCAGGUGGUGAACCAUGAGAUUGAUCUGAGCCUGCUUGAGGGGAUAGAAAAGGUAGCCAAGGAUUUCUUUAUGUUACCUUUAGAGGAAAAACAGAAGUAUCCAAUGAUGCCAGGGACAGUUCAGGGGUAUGGACAGGCAUUUGUCUUCUCGGAGGACCAGAAAUUGGACUGGUGCAACAUGUUUGCUCUUGGGGUGGAGCCUCACUGCAUUAGGAACCCAAAACUAUGGCCUAAAAAACCAGCUGCCUUCAGUGAAACUGUGGAGAUUUAUUCAAGAGAAAUAAGGAAACUCUGCAAGAAUCUACUGAAAUAUGUAGCCAUGAGCCUUGGCUUGAAAGGGGAUGUAUUUGAAGAAAUGUUUGGCACAGCUGUGCAGGCUGUGAGGAUGAACUACUACCCGCCAUGUUCUAGACCUGACCUUGUUUUAGGCCUCAGUCCACACUCAGAUGGAAGUGCCCUUACAGUGUUGCAGCAGGGGAAGGGCAGCUCAGUGGGACUCCAAAUCCUAAGAGAAAACACAUGGGUGCCUGUCCAGCCUAUCCCAAAUGCACUAGUAAUCAACAUUGGUGACACUAUAGAAGUUCUAACAAAUGGAAGAUACAAAAGUGUGGAGCAUAGAGCAGUUACUCACAGGGAAAAUGACCGCCUCUCCAUUGUCACUUUUUAUGCACCAAACUAUGAAAUAGAGCUUGGUCCAAUGCCAGAACUGGUGGAUGAGAACAAUCCAUGCAAAUUCAGAAGAUACAAUCAUGGAGAGUACAACAAACAUUACGUAGCCAACAAGCUGCAGGGCAAGAAAACCCUGGAGUUUGCAAAGAUUCCAAACAAGAACUCUUCUUCCAAAGGGCUCCACCCUGUUCCCCACCAAGAGUACCCAUAAUUAAAGUCCUGCAAAUAACAUAGAUGAAAAAGUAUCAUCCAAAUGUCAGAAUUCAGAUCUUUAGUCUUGUGUUUAGAAUAUAAGACCAAACACAAGUUGGGUGUUGUGUGUCAAAGCGGGUAUCAUUCAAAUGGACUGUAAUGUACUGUGCAAAUGUAAUGGAAUCUUGUGGGGUCUUGUGUUUAUAA